AUGGAUAUUGAUACUACUGAAAAUAUACAAAUGGAUAUCGAUUUAAAAAAGAGAAAAAUGAAUAUUGAUUCUAAGAGAAAGAUGGAUAUCGAUACUACUGAAAAUAUACAAAUGGACAUUGAUUCUAAAAAGAGAAAAAUAGAUGUUGAUUCUAAAAAGAGAAAAAUGGAUAUCGAUACUACUGAAAAUAUACAAAUGGAUAUUGAUUCAAAAAAGAGAAAAAUGAAUAUUGAUAGUGAUCACAACAAAUGCUUAAGUUAA